ACACACACGAAUAAUUCGCUGAUAAGUCCAGUAAUAUAGAAUCAUUGAAAUGGGGAAAAGAACAUGUGGGACUCUUUCCUUGUCAACCACGGAGAAAGAAGAACAGAAAUGGAAGCGAGGGAGAGAAAUGGAAGACGUCCCCAAUUUGCAAUUGAGGAAAGUGGAAGGUUAUUAUUAAGAGCUUCAAGUCGUGGCGAAGGGCAAUUCGGCGUUAGGGUUUGUUUUGGAUCUCUCUCUCUCUGGUUGUCUUCGUCGACAACAAUGUCUCUGCUUGCCAAGCUCUCGGUUCGCAACGGGCUCCUGGGCGUGGGGCAGAACAAGGUUCGCAUGUUGUCGACAUUGACCCCUUAUCUCCUUCUGGACAGGAAUGUGGUGGGAAAGGCUUCGUCCGGCGGAAAGGCCAUCAAUUGCAACCUGUACGAUCCGAGGAAGGGAGAGACGGUCAAGAGCCCAGCCUUGGAAUUGUCAAAGGAGCUGCAGAUGAUAGGAUCGUCGAGGGGAUGGGUGGCUCUAAUGAACGAGAGUGAUUCCACCGUGCGUCUCACCGACAUGUUAGAAUAAUCUUGUAUGAGAAUAUUUUAUUUUAUGUUUAAAUAAUGUUUUGUUGAUAAUUUGAAAUGGUCAAAUUAUCAAAUCGAGUUUUAAGGGAAGAUGGGUUGACAGGAGACGUGUUAGGAGUAGUUAACAUUAAUUUAGGAUAGUUUGUUUUAUUUAUUUUCUUUAUUUAUACCUCAAAGGUUAAUGUACAAAAAAAUAUAGAGUAAUAAAAUGGUGCCCUACGGGGCCAAAGUUAAUA